AGAAACUAUCAACGUGAGCAAACACAGAAGAAGUUUUCGGUUUAUCAGUUCUCUAUUAUUUGAGGAAGGAAGGAAGGAAGGAAGGCAGAGAGGGAGGGAGUUGGGAGCGACACGGUUUCCUUGUUCCGCAGGCAAUUCAUCUUUCUUUAUUUAUUUUCUUUAGCUUUCGUCCAACCUUGGGCUUCGAUCUUUCAUUUCCGUCUCUGAUAGGAUUGCAGUUGCAGUAGCAUAGCAGCAGAAGUCUCGCCAUGGCCAAAAGUUCUUUCAAGCUCGAACAUCCUUUGGAAAGGAGGCAAGCUGAAGCUGCUCGUAUCAGGGAGAAAUAUCCAGAUAGAAUUCCAGUAAUUGUGGAGAAGGCUGAAAGGAGCGACAUUCCUGAUAUUGACAAGAAGAAAUAUCUAGUUCCAGCUGAUUUGACCGUUGGGCAGUUUGUUUAUGUGGUCCGGAAGAGGAUCAAACUUAGUGCUGAGAAGGCCAUUUUCGUCUUUGUCAAGAAUGUGCUACCACCUACUGCUGCCAUGAUGUCUGCUAUCUAUGAGGAGAACAAGGAUGAAGAUGGUUUUCUCUACAUGACCUACAGUGGGGAGAACACAUUUGGUGAACUACUUUGAUUUCUAUGUGCAGUCUAGCCGAAGCACUGUAAAUAAGACCUCAUGAACUAAGAAAGGGAACAUAAAAGGGGGAAGAAUGUGUAAAUUCUCAACAGUUUCUCUGCUUUGAUGCCCUUGUGGAAAAUACACUUCUUACGUGUUAAUUGGGAUUCAUAAUAACCCAUUUUCAA